GAACUAUGUUGUAAAAUAGUUACAUGCGCGUAUUUUUAAAUAUUCGCUGCAAAAGUUUUUCUGGCCACACUAAAAACGAUUUUGACAAUUAAACAGUGAUAUGAGUCAACCAAAGUAAGUAAAUAAAACAAAAAUAAAGUUACGUUGAAUAUUGCAAAUUCUUCAAAUCACUGCUAAUUCUAUGACGACAUGGAAUAAAUGCAAAUUCUAUAAACAAAUCAAACGGAAAUUGACUUGAACUCGCGCAAAACAUAAUGUAAACACAACCGAAAGUCGCCGCGUAAAGGAAACAAAAACGAGAAAUUAGCGGACGUGAGACAACAAAUAAAUUUUACGCUGUUCAAAUUCUUGAAAUAGCAAAGAAGCAAGCAAGCAAGCAAAUAAAACGCAAUCAGAACAAAGUCAAUAAAAAGCCAAAUCAGCGUAUAAUGCUGUGUGCGUGUAAACAAGCUCCAACGCUAAUAACAACAACGCAACAAGCAUUUCUGCACAAUAACACAACAGCAAUAAAUACGUUACCUGUACGCGGAGCAAUAACCGCUGCAAAGUAGACAAUUUGUGGGUGGUAAAGUGUGCACGAAUUCAGUAAAAGCAGACGCGUCUGCUAAAGAAAGUGUUCUGAAAGUGCUGUGAAAUAUAUUGAGACACUGCCAAAAACCAUUCAUUUUAUAUAUCUGAAAAAUAGCUCACAUAAAAUAGCGACGGCUAUAAUAAAAUAAAGUGGAGACACAAUCCAUUGCGUGUCCCUUAAUCGCUGCUCCAGCGGUUGCAUCAACACAUUAAAGGACAACGAACUGUGGAUUGACAGCUAUUGAUUGCACUAACUCCCAAAUUGCUAACAAUAAAGUGUAAUGGCGCUAUUAAAAUUGGCUAGGAAACUCCGACUGCUGGAAACCUUGUACGUUGAUGGACACGGCGCUGACAAAAACAAUGUAUCUAGUAACUUAAAUAAGCAAAGUAAAGCGCAGUUAUCAACACAACGUUACAAAUAUUUGAUUUGCAUCGAUUUCGAAGCGACUUGCUGGGUGGAUCAAGCGCCACCGCAAUGGCGUGAGUCCGAAGUAAUAGAAUUCCCAGCCAUAUUGGUGAACAUGCAGACGGGUAAGGUAGAAGCUGAAUUCCAUAAAUAUGUCAUGCCAAUUGAAUCGCCGAAAUUGAGUGCUUACUGCACCGAACUGACCGGCAUUAAACAGCAGCAAGUCGACAAUGGCAUACCAUUGCAAACGGCCAUUAUGAUGUUUCAAGAGUGGUUGCGCAAGGAGUUGCGUGCACGUAAUUUACAACUGCCGAAAAUGUCCAAAGAUAAGAUGACGGGCAAUUGUGCGUUUGUCAGCUGGACGGAUUGGGAUUUCGGUAUAUGUUUGACGAAAGAGUGUCAGCGUAAGCGGCUGAAGAAACCUUCAUAUUUCAAUCAGUGGAUUGAUUUGCGCGCCAUUUAUCGUGCUUGGUAUAAAUAUAAACCGUUAAAUUUUGCCGAUGCCAUAUCACAUGUCGGUCUCGCAUUUGAGGGCCGUCAACACUCGGGCUUGGAUGAUGCACGCAAUUUGGCGGCACUGGCAUAUAAGAUGGCUUGCGACGGUGCACCGUUGGCGAUAACUAAAGACCUCGCGCCAUUUCAACUCAAUUCGAAUUGUAUGCUAUAAGUUCGGGUGUGUGGUGUUUUUGGAGCGCGUGUGUGUGGUUUUUAUAUUUGUAUUCCUCGAUUUUAUGCAUUAAACUAAGCGAUAGCUGUUAAAUGCAUGCACUUUUUGUAAGACUUAAUGAUAAUGAAUUAUUUAUAUUAUUGUUUUUGUUUUUUUUUUUUUUUUUAUAAUAAUUGUCAUUCACGUUGAUUUGAAAUUCUGCGUGUUUUUGUAUGUAUAAUGUGAAAAAUGUAAUAAAAAAUCGCUUAGAAGUAAGUCGCGAUACAUAUCUGCUACAUUUGAAAUGUAUCUUGAAUACAAUUUUAAUUUUUUUGUUUCGUCCUUUUUAUAAAAAAAUAUUUAUUUACACUGAACUACUUAUACAUAUAUUGUGUGAAAUUGGCGUUAAAGUGCUUAUGAAAUAGAAAGAAAUAUUUUUUAAUAAGUUCAAUAUAACUUAUAUGAAAUAAACAAAAAGAAAAUGAAGUAAAAUUUUGUUAAUAAAUAUUUUUUAACAUUUUUCUUAAAAUAUUUUUUAAAUUUUUUGAAUUAACAGUAUUUACUUUUUAAUUUUUUUUUAUAUUUAUUUAAUUUAUAUAUAUAUAUUUUUAAUUUUUAUAUUUUAUUUUAAUUUAAUAUUUUUUUUUUUAAUUUUUAAACAUAUAUUUUUUUCUCUUUUCUAUUUAUUUUUUGUUUUCUUAAAGCACAACUACAUGCAUUAACUUAUUAGUGUGCACAUUAAUUUAAGCAUAGUAAUGGUCUAAGAUACUAAAACAGGGUUUUUAGAGACGAAAAACUGCAUUUUUGAUACAUAUAUAUUUUAUAAGCGUGAAAUAAUAAAUUAUAACGGUACAAUAAAUGUACAACCAAGUUGAAUUAUAUAAAAAUAAAUUGUUUUUUAAUUGAGCUG